AACGGAGAAACCUGUUUGAUUCCCCUGAAGGGCGAAACACACCCAAGUCUCCUCCUCAAAACAAGGCUUGGCUUCCCGGGGCCGGCCCUCUCGGCAGGUAGGGGCUCAGGUGUGCCGCAGCCGUGCCAGGGCCCUCGGAGCCGCCGCCGCCGGGAGAGCUCGGCGCCGGGAAGCGAGCGCGGCGGGAACUGCGCAGGGGCUUGUUGGCUGUGAGCAGUGGCAGAAGGGGAAGGUGCUGCUGAGACCAUGAUGUCCCUGGGUGUCACUAAAGGGGGGCCGAUCCCACCCACGGACGAGGAUCGCCGCAGGAUCAUCCGGCAGAUGAAGGUUCGCACCACCCUGCGGGGGGACAAGAGCUGGAUCCAGCACCACAACUCCGACUCGGACGAGGAGAAGAGCAGCCCCCUGUCUGGACAGGCUGCUGGGGGACCCCCAGCCCCCAAACCCGCUGCUCCCCAUCAGGACAGGUCCUCUGCCUCCAAGCCCCAGUCCGGAUACCUCAUCAGGGGGGUGUUCACCAGGACCAUCGACAAAAGCUCGUCCGUGCCGGAUCCUUCACCUUCCAGCCAAGCGCAGAAGAACACUUCCCUGAAGGGACAGAGCCGCUCCCCCUCCGGAUACAGGAUGACCACAGAGGACUACAAGAAACUAGCUCCGUACAACGUCCGGCAGAAAUCCGUGGAUGGGGAGGAGGAGGAUGUGCCUUUUUCUCCAGAUGAGCAUAAGAAGAGGACGGAGGCUGCCAACAGCGUCCUGCGGCGCUCGGCCGGCCGCGAGCGCGCCUACGUGCUGUCCGCCGCCAAGAAGAGCAACGGCAGCCCAACACAGGAAUUCCCACCCCUGUUUGCCAAGAGAAUUGAGAUAGAAGAGGAGGAAGGGCAGCAGAGGAGGAGUGCGACUGUGCCGGGUUCGUCCAGGGUUGCUCCGGAGAGCAGCAGUGCUAAUGGGCUAAGAAAUACCAGCCAUGGGUCUUCCUGGGAUGAGCCAAAGGCAGCAGCAGCCUCUCCCUCCAGCCCCAAAACAGGCAGCAGGAGCCAAACAUCCCCAUCCCUGAGUGACACUUUGGGGAAAAUCUCCACUUCUGCUGAAAUCAGGAAUGGUGAGGAGAGACAGGCCCUGAGUGGGAAAUUCUCCUUGGAAACGGUGUCCCAGCGUGGAGAUGGUGACAAAGCUCUGAAGGAAAAGCCUGAAAGGUUCCCAUGGGAUGAAGGGGCCUCCAGAGCCUCCAGGGCUUCCACGAAUGGAAGUUUUUCUGAGCACACAGAAGCCAAGAAUGGGUUUUACCCACCAGAGUCCAGCUCUGGUUCCUGGGACACACCUGGGGAUGCUCCAGAGAAGCUGCUCCGUCCCUCCGAGCCCUCCCAGGGGGACACCAGGUCACCCUUGCAGUCUGAUGUCCCUCUUCGUCCCACUGAGAGAACCCCUGUCCACAUUGAGGACACAGAAUAUUCCUUUAAAAGCUCUGUCCUGGGCUACGAGGAGAGGAGCAGCUCCAUGAAUCCUGAGGGCCCAUCCCACCAUCAGCCCUACUGGGAUGAGACAAGGUUUUUGGACUCAGCCAGCCUCACUGAGAGGGGCCAAGGAGCUCCUGGCCAUGACAGCCCCCCAGAGCCCCCCAGGCUGAAGGAGCCCACUGAGCCCAGCAGGGCUGGGUCUGAGCUGCGCUCCCAGGACACUGCUGGGAGCAGGGACAGGGACAUGGGAAUGUCAUCCUGUGUGCAGAGUGAGGAAAGCACUGCAAGAAGGUCCAGCUCUGUUCCUGGAGGAAGCAGUAUCCCAGCUCCAGAGGUUCCACAUGCAAAUGAGUCUGAGCCACGCCGGGACAGGUCUGACUUCAGCUCCCAGGAGAGUGUUCGCAGUGCCCACGAGCCCCGGCCCCCCGUGCCCCUGUUCCAGGAACGCCAAUCCUUCGGAGGCUCCGUGCCCAGCCACAGGAUUCCAGCCUAUGUGGACAGCCAGGUGUUCAGCACCAGGAGCAGGCCCAGCCCGGAUCCCAAAGGGAGCGUUUAUUCUGGGAGCAGCAGCCCCAGGAGCAGCUGGUACGACAGUGCCAGGGGGCAUGGGGACUUCAGCCCCCCUGCAGGACGCCACGACUCCUUUCCCAGGGAUCCCACCAUGUCCAUGUCCCAGAGAAGCCACAGGGUGCCAUUCUACAUGGACAGCUUAAACUCUAACAGCUCCAGGCUCCUCUCCAGUUCCAGUGAGAGGCUCUGCAGCUCCCACCACAGCUCUGGGUACCAGCCUGACUCCAACACUGCCGGGAGAGGGAUCCUCUUUGUCAAGGAGUACGUGAACACCGGUGGCUUUGCAGCCUCGCCACGCCACGGCAGUGGCAGCCUUGUGGAUUUGAGUGACCUGGAGAGAAGCAGCUUCAGCCACCACAGUUACCUGUCCAGUGCUCCCCUGCACAGGUCCAGCGAGCCCCUGUGCAGCUACUGCAGCCGGGAGAUCCGAGACUGCCCCAAGAUCAUCAUAGAGCACCUGAACAUCCACUGCCACGAGUACUGCUUCCGGUGUGGAAUUUGCCACAAAGCAAUGGGAGAUCUCCUGGACAAAAUAUUCAUCCACCGGGACAUUGUCCACUGUGACAAGUGCUAUGAGAAGCUCUUCUAGGGCCCUGCGGAGCUGGGAAUGCAGCCCGUGCCCGGCGGCACGCUUGGGAAUACCGCAGCUCCUGACUGGCUGAGAUUGUAGAACUCCCGCUCCUGCUUCCUUCGAGUUCUUUUCCCUCUCGCUGCCCCGUGGCCGUGGAUGAGUUCAGCACCUGCUGGUUGAUGCUGCCACCUGCACAAGAGUGAUGGGAACGAGAUAAGGCAGCCUCCUCCUCAAAGAGAACAUUUUCCAGAGGCGCUGAGCCCCUCACCCUGGCUUUAGCUGCGUGAAGAUUCCGAGUGCUCCCGGAGCUGGGAGUCGGGCACAGCUCCUCAGGUUUAUCCCGGCUAAUUGCCGAGUCUCUCCUGAUGGUAUUUGUGUCUCUUUCCCUUGUGCAGCCAGGCUGUGCGAGCUGGCACACAGACACUGGGAGCCUUAAACACUAAAUUUGGAUUCUUGGGAGGGUUUGAAUUUAGUCCUUAGCGAAAGCCUAUUUCUGUGUCUUUCACCCCCAAAUUCAGCAUAGAAGUAGCUUCUGCCUGAUUUCCAUUUGCUUUCUCCAGGAUUCCAGGAGCUCUUGCAAACUCUAUUCUAAUUGCGUGUCAGCUUUAAUUCCCCUUCCUGCCUCUUCCCUGAGGAUGCUGCAGCAGCACUUGUGGCUGCUGCCUGCUUGGGGAGAUAACAGUGUCCUUCCCCUGGGGUUUAACUCGGGCUCUGAGGGCAGGUGUCCUGUGCCAGAGCAGGGGCAUCUCCAUUCCCUCUCCUGACAAAGAGCUCUGCUCAGCUGAAAUCCCAGUUUCCCCCUCACCAGGGCUUUGCCCAGACCCCUCUCAUUGCUGUAGAUUAUUCACAGCCCAAAUGCUCACCAACAACAUUGAACUUCCAGCAGAUGCUGCCCUCAGUAAAAUCAGAAUUGUGUCAUUUUAGCCCUUAACUCAGAGCUGAGACGUUGGGAAUGCUGAAUAGUGAAACCUAAAAGUUAAGUGUCCUGAAAGUGUCCAGACUUACUGUUUCCUCAUGGGAAGCUUUAGGAAUCAUAGAACUGUAGAAUCCCAGAAUGCUUUGGGCUGGAAGGAGUUAAAGUUCAUCUGUUUUAAAGUUCAUGCACAGGGACACCUUCCAUGAGCCCAGGUUGCUCCAAGCUCCGUCCAGCCUGGCCUUGGACACUUCCAGGGGUCCAGGGGCAGCCACAGCUGCUCUGGGCAACCAGGGCUUCCCCAUCCUCACAGCCAAGAAUUGCUGAAAACCAAGCUUCUCCUAAAAUCCUGUGAUUACCUGGGGGAAAAGGAACCCUGAUCCCCCAUGUGAAUUCUUGUUUGUUUGAGAGCAGCUGAGGGAGCUGGGAAAGGGGCUCAGCCUGAAGAAAAGGAGGCUAAGAAGGGACCUUCUGGCUCUGCACAACUCCCUGACAGGAGGGGUUUUUCCCCCUUAAAGACAUGUAUCACCUAAAGGGAACCUGCAGCUAUUAUAAAAAUGUUAUGCUUUAUAAUUUGUACUGGUCUGAGCUUUGAAGAAUUGCUGACCCCAUGAAUAAAAAACAAAUGAAUUA